UCCUCGUUUCAUAACAUUAAAUUAUUCAUUCAUCAAAGUUAGAAGAAAAGUCGACGAUCGACCUCUAUUGGCAUAUAGAAAUAUAAAGUUUCAGUACCGAGUAUUAUAUAUAAAUCAAUGGCAGUACCAGUAGUAGAUGCGGAGUAUAGGAAGGAGAUAGAGGAAGCACGAAUAGAGCUUCAAAAUCUUAUAGCCAGCAACAAGUACAGUGCUCGUGAUCUGCUUCGUUUAGCGUACGCUUGCCAAUUCUCAAUUUCUUCUGCCGCCAAUUCUCAUGGUCAUGAUAGUACGUCUACUACUGAUGCUAAAAUAAAGACUCAAGCUGCCAAUAAUGAUCUCAGAACAGCAAUUGAAUAUAUCAAGGUCAAUCAUCCCACAAUAACUUAUCCUGACCUCUAUCAGCUUGCUGGGGUUGUCGCUGUUAAAGAACUUGAUGGUCCAAUAAUCGAAUUCAUCCCUGGUAGAAAGGAUUCAUCAAUUUCACCAAAUGAAGGGUGCCUGCCUGAUGGCAAACAAGGUCCAAAAGAAUUAAGGGACAUCUUUCAUAGCAUCAAAGUUUCUCAAGACAAGGAUAUAGUAGCAUUAUCUGCAGGCCUAAAACUGGCUGCAAGAGCUGAUUCAAAGAGCUCUGGAGUUGAGCGCCCUAAAUUUGACAACUCAUACUUUGUGGAGCUCCUCAAGCAGGAUUCAGGUCUCUUGCAAUCACUUCCCACUGAUAAAGCUCUACUUGAAGAUACAAAAUUCCGCGGCUAUGUGCAACUUUAUGCGAAGGACCAAAAGGCUUUCUUCAGUGACUACAAAGAGUCACACAAGAAGCUCUCUGAGCUUGGAUUACCACAUUCAUCAUUUUUCAGCUCCGCAUUGGAAAAAGGCACGUUAGCAGUGAAGAACACCCCGGUGGCACAAAGGGCUGUUGGAGUUGCUGUUGCAGCCGCUGUUGUAAUAUUUAGUUUCUUCUAUCUAAUCCACAGAAGGAGAGCUAGUAAGCAUUCGCCACAGCAGUUCCAGUAACAUUGGUGGUGAACUCAAAAGAAGUAAUAAAUUGGAAACCGAAACUGAUCAACAAUAAAAGAGACAAUGGAAGCUGAAUAGUUCCAUGUUUCAUUAUUCAAUAAUAAAUCUUGGUGUAUAAUCUCCAUGUUUCAUCUACUCAAACAUGUUAAAUAAAAAUGUGUUGUUGGUAAUAUUCAGAAUUCCGCUGUUCAA